GCAGCAGUGGUGCCGGCAGCAGUGCGAGGGCUACCGGGACGUGAGCAUCACCAACAUGACCACGUCGUUCCGCGACGGCCUAGCCUUCUGCGCCAUCCUGCACCGCCACCGGCCCGACCUCCUAUGGGGGAACCAAGGCCCAGAGUCCAGACACCCUUGUUCAGGGCACAGAGCACGUCGGCAGAGCCGGGCUGGCACUUGGGGCUCCUCCCCAGCUCCCAGAUGUACCCUGCACCCCCAGGCACCCUACCGGGAAGCUAGUCUCAACAAAGCACACACUGAAGAAGGACUUGGCCCCUGCCCAGGGAAGUGAUGUCAAGAGCUUCGGUUAUUUCAUUUAUUGCUGACUUGGUUUUCGUUCACCUGCCCCCACUGGACUUUCAGCUCCAAAAGGAUGAGGGUGUCUGUCUUGGGGAUUGCUAAUCCUCCGUGCCUGGAACUGUGUCUGGCCCAUGACAGAGACUUCGAUGCUCUCAGGAAGGAAAACGUUUAUGAGAACAACAAACUGCCCACCUGCGCUGACCACUCCCCCCAGGCCUUCUGUGUGGCCGAGGAGCAGUUGGGCAUCCCAGCCCUGCUGGACGCUGAGGACAUGGUGGCCCUGAAGGUGCCAGACCGGCUGAGCAUCCUGACCUACGUGUCACAGUACUACAACUACUUCCAUGGACGCUCCCCCAUUGGGGGUAUGGCUGGUAUCAAGAGGCCCCCUUCGGACUCUGAUGAGGAACCAUCUGGGAAGAAGGCUCCAUCCCAGCUGGCCAGGCCCUCACCCACUCCAGCCCGGGGGCAGCCGCUGUCUCCAGUCAGCACAAACCCCACCGUCCAGCGGAAGGAUGGGAGCUUAGGAGGCCCCCUGCUGAAAACCGGCCAGGCCUCUGCAGGCAGCUCAGUCAGCAGCACCUGCGCAGUCUGCGGCAAGCACGUGCACCUCGUGCAGAGACACCUGGCUGACGGGAAGCUCUACCACCGGAGCUGCUUCAGGUGUAAGCAGUGCUCCAACACACUGCACUCUGGGGCUUACAGGGCCACCGGCGAGCCCGGCGUCUUCGUGUGUUCCAGCCACCACCCCGAAGCUGCCUCUGCAAGCCCCAUGUUGCGGGGCCCAGCCCCACGACAGCCAGGGGCCAUACCCUCAGACUCCAAGCCGCCCAGUGCCCCACAGAAGGCCCAGGAGGCAAAUGGGCCCCGAGAUGCAGGGCCAGAGUCCAGGCCAGCGGCCCGGGAGCCUGUGAUGGGCAACUCGACUGCCAAAGGCGUCCCUGCUACGGCCAACCCUCAGGCCACCGCCUCUUCCCACGUCCACGCAGGGAGCCCAGCCAGGCCUGCAUUCUUGGCGGGCCUCCAGGGUGGCAGAGCCAGCACACGUGUGGCCAACAGCUCCCCAGCAGGGUGGUCAUCGGCGGGACAGCACACAGCAGCAGUAAUCCCCCGUUCUGCCCCAACGCCAAAUGCCCUGGACUCUCGCCCAGCCACCCCACAGGGCCGGGUGACCCCUCAAGUGGCACCCCCCCACACCAAGGUCAGCUUGGGCCCAACGUCUCCAGGCCCAGCAGACACCCCAGACUGGGCCCCAUCAGCAGCCUCCAAGAUGCAGCAGGCCCGGGAGAGGUUCUUCCAGACUCCUGGAGCUGCCCCCAGCCCUGGCCCAGCUGGCAGGGCCCCGGCUCCUGCAGAUGUGCCUUCUAGGGCCAACAGCAGGGAGCAGGCGCUGAGCUGCCUCCGGAAGGCCCUUCCCAGGCUUGAGACUGGUGCUCCGGCACCUGGCAGGUCCUCCCCGGCCACCUCCCCUGCUCUGAAAUCCCAUAGCAGAGCUGAAGGGCCACAAGCAAGUCCAUCAGCCAAGCUGUCCCAGGUGGCACCUGCCCAGGUCCUCAGCCCCCCUGCGAGGACUGAGCCACCAGCCCCAAGUGUGAGCACCACCUCACGGGCAUCCACGUCACUCCAGGUGGACAAGAAGGACCCGCCUGUGUCCUCAGGGGCCAGCAGGGUGGGUGCUGGCUCCAGGCUGAAGCCAGAGGCCCCAGUGGCAAAGGGCUCAGGCACCAGCCCCCAGGAAGGCCAGGAAGACGGGCCCGCAGGAUGGAGGGCCCGCCUGAAGCCGGUGGAGAAGAAACACCCUGCUGAGAGGGUCCUGGGAGAGCCUCGGACAGGUGAGGCCCCUGGGAAAGCCCCUGGGAGCUCCGAGGGGCAUGUCCACGUCCCUCCACCCCCUCGUUGGCCUGACAGGACAGCGGGUACAGCCAGCCCUGGGCCUGGCCUCUCAGCCACCUCCUCCUCCCCGUCCCCGUCCCACCGCAAGAAGCUGGCUGUCCCUGCCAGCCUGGAUGUUUCUGGCGACUGGCUUCAUUCUGAGCCCUCAGAGCAGGAAGCCCCAACCCGGAGCUGGAAGGAAGAGAAGAGGAAGCCCCCUGCUCAGGGCACACCAGCAGGGAGGUCCUUGGGUUCGUCUAGUGUCCCCACUCCACCCAGCAAGGCAGUGACCAACCCGGCCACGCGGCCCCCGAACUACAUGCCCCCAGAAGAGAUCCAGAGGCACAUGCAGGACAUCGAGAGGCAGCUGGACGUUCUGGAGCUCAGGGGUGUGGAGCUGGAGAAGCGUCUACGCGCGGCUGAGGGGGAUGCCUCUGAGGACACCCUCAUGGUGGACUGGUUCCAGCUCAUUCACAAGAAGCAGCUGCUGCUGAGGCAGGAGUCGGAGCUGAUGUACAAGGCCAGGGACCAGCAGCUGGCAGAGGAGCAGUCGAACCUGGAGGGGGAGCUGCGUCAGCUGAUGGCCAAGCCUGAGAGUCUGAAGUCACCCCUGGACCAGCAGCGGGAGGCGGAUCUGCUGAGCCGGUACAUAAGUACAGUGGAGGACCGCAGCAACAUCGUGGACGUCCUGGAGGAGGACCGGCUCAGAGAGCUGGAGGAGGACGAGAUGCUACAGAACAUGAUCCAGAAUCUGGAUCUCCAGAGAAGCAGUGGGGAUCAGAAGAAGAAGUCCAAGUUCAGCUUGUCCAGAGUCCUGUCCCUGAGGAGCAAAAGGAACCCCGAGUGAGCUGCCUGGCCAGCCGCAGGACCCUGACCCUUGGCCCGGGGAGGGUGGCCACCGUGGGGGUGGGGUUGUGGUGUGGGGAUGUGCACCACCCUCCCUGUGGGGUCUGAGCAGCCACAAUAAAGGAACAAACCACA